AUGCUCCGCCGGCCCCGCUCGGCGCUCGCCGUCCUCCCGGUGCUGCUCCUGCUGCCGCUGCUGCUGGGCGGCCGCCCCGCCGCCGCCCGCUGCCCCGCGCCUUGCCGCUGCGCUGGGCACCUCGUCGCCUGCAGCCGCCUGGAGUCGAGCCGGCUGCCCGAGCGGCUGCCGCAGGGGGCGGUGCAGCUGGACUUAAGUCACAACAAAUUAUCUUCAAUCAAGACCAGUAUCUUGGAUCACCUUCAUAGUCUUCAGGAAGUGAAUUUGAACAACAAUGAACUGGAGAUCAUUCCAGAUCUGGGACCAGUCUCAGCAAAUAUAACUCUUCUGUCUUUGACCAGUAACAAGAUUGCCAACAUUUUGUCUGAACAUCUGAAGCCAUUUCAGAGUCUAGAAACUUUGGACUUGAGCAACAACAACAUAUCAGAGCUAAAAAUUUCAUCAUUUCCAUCAUUACAACUCAAGUAUCUGUAUAUUAACAGUAACCGAAUAACCUCUAUGGAGCCUGGUACCUUUGACAAUUUGUCUACCACACUUCAAGUAUUGAAACUGAACAGGAACAAAAUUUCAGCAAUUCCUCAAAAGAUGUUUAAACUGUCCCAUCUGCAGCACCUGGAGCUGAAUCGCAACAAAAUCAAAAAAAUAGAUGGGCUCACUUUCCAAGGACUUCCUGCUUUGAAAUCAUUAAAACUGCAGAGAAAUGGGGUUACGAGGCUUAUGGAUGGUGCUUUCUGGGGUUUGACCAACAUGGAAGUCUUGCAGCUGGACCAUAACAACUUAACAGAGGUAACCAAGGGCUGGCUUUAUGGCUUACUGAUGCUGCAACAACUCCAUCUUAGCCAAAAUGCCAUCAGCAGGAUCAGUCCUGAUGCCUGGGAAUUUUGCCAAAAACUCAGUGAACUAGAUUUGACAUUCAAUCAAUUAGCAAGGUUAGAUGAUUCAAGCUUCAUUGGUUUAAGCGUGCUGGUUGGACUGUACAUUGGAAACAACAAAGUAAACUACAUUGCUGAUUGUGCCUUCAAGGGACUUUCCAGUCUACAGAUUUUGGAUCUGAAAAACAAUGAAAUAUCAUGGACUAUUGAAGAUAUGAAUGGUGCUUUCUCUGGCCUAGAUAAACUUAAGAAGCUGAUACUCCAAGGAAACAGGAUUAGAUCCAUUACAAAGAAAGCAUUUUCUGGUUUGGAUGCACUUGAACACUUAGAUCUAAGUAACAAUGCAAUUAUGUCAGUUCAAGGAAAUGCAUUUUCGCAAAUGAAGAAACUCAAAGAGCUGCACUUCAACACAUCAAGUCUCUUGUGUGACUGCCAGUUGAAAUGGCUACCACAGUGGAUGUCAGAGAACAACUUCCAGAGCUUUGUAAAUGCCAGUUGUGCCCAUCCUCAGCUGCUAAAAGGGAGAAGUAUUUUUGCUGUCAGCCUGGAUGGGUUUGUCUGUGAUGAUUUUCCUAAACCACAGAUCACUGUCCAGCCAGAAACCCAGUCAGCAAUUAAAGGCUCCAAUUUGAGUUUUGUGUGUUCAGCAGCCAGCAGCAGUGAUUCCCCAAUGACUUUUGCAUGGAAGAAAGACAACGAAUUACUGCAAGACGCUGAAAUGGAGAAUUACGCACACCUCCGGGCCCAGGGCGGAGAAGUGAUGGAGUACACCACCAUCCUUCGACUGCGCAAUGUGGAAUUCAGUAAUGAGGGGAAAUACCAGUGUGUUAUUUCAAAUCAUUUCGGUUCAUCCUACUCUGUCAAAGCCAAACUUACAGUAAACAUGCUGCCUUCAUUUACAAAAAUCCCCAUGGACUUGACCAUUCGAGCUGGGGCAAUGGCUCGUUUGGAAUGUGCUGCAGUUGGGCAUCCUGUCCCACAGAUUGCUUGGCAGAAAGAUGGUGGAACAGAUUUUCCUGCAGCACGCAAGAGGCGCAUGCAUGUCAUGCCUGAAGAUGAUGUAUUCUUUAUUGUUGAUGUAAAGAUCGAGGACACAGGUGUUUACAGCUGUACAGCUCAAAACACUGCUGGAAGCAUUUCAGCUAAUGCAACAUUAACAGUACUAGAAACACCAUCAUUUUUGCGGCCUUUGCUGGAUCGAACUGUAACAAAAGGUGAAACUGCCGUCCUGCAGUGCAUUGCUGGUGGUAGCCCUCCACCCCGACUGAACUGGACUAAAGAUGAUAGCCCUCUCAUGGUAACAGAAAGACACUUCUUUGCUGCAGGCAAUCAGUUACUAAUUAUUGUGGAUACAGAUGUAGAAGAUGCCGGGAAAUACACUUGUGAAAUGUCUAAUACACUUGGAACGGAACGAGGCAACAUCCGACUUAAUGUAAUUCCUACUCCCACCUGUGACUCUCCUCAAAACGUUGCCCCAUCGCUUGAUGAUGAUGGAUGGGCCACAGUUGGCAUUGUGAUCAUAGCUGUGGUUUGCUGUGUGGUGGGCACUUCCUUGGUGUGGGUGGUCAUCAUCUACCACACCAGACGGAGAAAUGAAGAUUGCAGCAUUACAAAUACAGAUGAAACAAAUUUGCCUGCUGACAUUCCAAGUUACCUGUCAUCCCAGGGGACACUGGCUGAAAGGCAGGAUGGAUAUGGCUCAUCUGAAAAUGGCAGUCACCAUCAGUUCCUCUCAUCUUCUGCAGGAGGGUAUUUCCUGCAGCAGAGGGACAGUAAUGGCAUUUGCCAUCUAGAUAACAGCAGUGAGACAGAUUUGGAGGGUGUUGCAGAUCCAUUCCUUUGCCAUUAUCUGGGGACUUCGGGGACUUUGUAUUUCAAAGGCAGCGCUUACAGUUCUGACGCAUUUGAAGCAUACGGUACAAGUUGCAGCCCUGACCAGAGAACAGCAGGCUUGGGCCUUUAUGAGUCUGGAUAUUUAAAGAAAAAGGAAUGCUUUCAAUACUCACCUCCACAGGAAGAUCCCUUUGACCAGUGUGUUGGCAUUAUUGGAACACAGGCUACAAGUAGCAGAUUGAUGAACUCUAUUUAUACUCAAAAUGAAGGAACGGGACUGAAAAGCAGAAGUCUCAAUUCAGACACAUUUGAUUUAAACAGAAGUUUGGAACCCUCAUCUAUUAUGAGUAAAAGCACUUUCAUGGGAACAUUUGGAAAGCCUUUAUGGAGGCCUCAGCUGGACUCUCUUUCAAGCUGUAGACAGCCUGCAAAUUGCCAACCAAAAACCUCCCAUAAUAAUCAUCAUGUCUCACUGGACUUUGAUGCAGAGGCAGAUGAAGAGGGAAAGAAAAGGACAGUUUCUAGAGGAGAAGAUAGCUUUUAUACUUGCAAACAGUCCUUUGAAAACUUUAGAACUUCUACUUUCCAAUCCUCUGAUUCAGAUACGUAGCUCCUUUUGGAAUUAAUGAUUUGUGGAACCAAAGAAAUAAUUUUGCAUACUACUACCUCAGUAUGGAACUUUAUUUAAAAAGGGAAUAAGGAGAAGAAGGGAAGAAAGAAACCCCAUGAUGCUCUGAAAUCAGAAGAAAAAAAUAUAUUUUUUUUCCAAUAAAGCAUAAUUUCCAAGAUGCUCUACAUUGGUUAUACAGGGAAAAAACCUAUAUUUGUAAUUAUUUUAUAGCCUUUUUUUAAAUGCAAAUAAUAUGUUUUGUCAAUUAAUGGUGUAAAUAAUACAGUGUAUGUAUUUCUAUGUCAGACUUCAUUGUCUUGAAAUGAGUGGUAAGCAUUCUGAUUUUGUACUGUUACUUGUACCUUUUUACAAAUGGAAACUACAUGCUGUUUGCAUGUACCAUGCAUCUUAUUUGCACAUUACUUUAAUAAAAUAUGCUGCCGUGUGGUCUCUGACCCACAUUAGAGUAUGAAGAAUGAAAAGUGUGAAUUAUG